UGCAGUCUAAAAUAAAGAGCUCUUUGAGUUGGAGAAAAGUGAGGUUGAAAUUAACAUAUAUUUUAAUAUUAUGUACACAUAUUUCUUGGUAUUUAUUUCAAAACCUAAAUAAGUAAAUGUUAACUUCAGUAAAGUCUUCAUUUAGCUAUAGACAUAAGUAGUGAAGUGAUAUUGUAUCGUUAUAAUUUUAAGCCACUAUGUACUCUGGAAAAGAUGCCGCAAAUCCAUCAUAUCCCACGCAGUGGGCUUUAAAUCCUACCGCGUAUCAAAAUAUAGAUUCAAGUCAAGUUGACUGGGCUGCUUUAGCACAACAAUGGAUUGCUAUGAAGGAGGCUGCAGCCAUUGUGGGUGUACCUCAAGCGAAAACCGACGUAGAAGAAGGAGAAGCUCCUAUGGAAGUUGAAAAUCCUGAUACCAAUUGUGAAGCUCCUGUUACCCCGGGCUCCGACUGGAACACUUCCUCAAACUCAUGGGGAAAUUCAUGGAAUCAAUGGGGUUGGGGUUGGUCGGGUUCAGGUUCCGUGGACCCCAAAAUGGCAGCCGAUCCAACUAUGGCUAUGGCACCUAUGAUUGAUGGAUAUGCUGAUGCAACAAGUUCAACAGCGCCUAUGCCAGGAUAUACAACUGGUACUGUAACUACUCCCACAUUUCAACAUGGAUACUGGACGGCACCACAGUCGGAAAAUUCCACUAACAGUCGAAGUGGUAGUAGAGGUCGCGAUAGAAGAUCAAAAAGUAAAAACAGAGAUAACAAAACAACUAGAAGCAGGACACACAGGGAUAAACCACCUUUAAUACCUCCUGUCAUUGAACCAAUAGUAAUGCCUACACCACCGGCAACUUCCACUAUUGAUGCAGCUAAGCGACGGCAACUUCCCGCAUGGAUAAGAGAAGGCCUAGAAAAAAUGGAACGUGAGAAACAGAAGGCCAUAGAGCGUGAACAAGAAAAGAAGGCACAGGAGGAAGCAGAGCUGGAGAAGAAGAGGUUAGAAGAAGAAGAAUUGGAGAGAAUAAAAGCAGAGGCCGGUGGCCAACCUGUACUUCCAGCAAAGAGCAAAUUCGAGUCGGACUCGGAGGAGGAGGAGGAGGAGGAGCAGCAGUCGGACGCGCGCGCGCCCUCGCCGCCGCGCGCCAGCCGGGACGACAUCAUGCAGGAGGUGAUGUUAGCAGUACGCCGUUCGCUAACAGAAAUCCUACUGGAAGUAACUGACCAGGAGAUACAUACGGUGAGCCAGGAAGAACUGGCGCGGUAUAACGCCGCUCAAGCUUCGCGCCUCAACGCUAUGAAGGCGAGCAAGUCCAAGGCGCUGGCGUCCAUCGCCAGCGGACUCGGGCUGGGCGCGUACGAGAGCAGCGACGACAGCGGCGACGAGCGCGACGAGCGCGACCAGCCCUCCGACCUGCAGCUGCAGGAAAUUAUAAGGCGCAAACGUCAAGAUUUUGAGCGAACAUCGCGAGAAAUCGAAGCAGAGGUGCGGCGUUCAGAGUUGAAGGAGACUGGAGAAGGAACUACUACGCCUCCCAAUGCCACACCAGAAAGACCAAGGCGGUCACGAUCAUCAGCAACACCACCACCAAUAGACAGCGAAACGCCUGAGAAAAAACCUGAACGUCGACCUUCUAAAGACAAAAGAUCGAAUAACAAGUCUUCUGAUAAAUCUGAUAAUAAAAAAUUGGAUACUAUCCAGGAAGAAAAGCCAAAGAAAUCUAAUAAAUAUGAAAAUACUCCAAGUCCACAAAAAUCUAAUAAAGCAAGCAAAGACAGUACAAAUUCCAGUACUAGUGACUCUGAAGAUGAUUCGUCUAGUUCUAGCAAAUCAUCAUCAGAAAGUGAGCUCGACACCAGAGUUCAGAAUAGCCGAUCUAAAAAACGUAAACGUAGAAGCACUAGUUCUAGUGAAUCUCAAAAGAAAUCUAAAAAACAUAAAAAAGAAAAAUCACAUAAAUCAAGUGAUAAGUACUACUCAAAAUCAAAGCAUCAAGACGAUCACGAAAGAUCCGAAAAAACAAAAUCUAAAAAGAGAGAUGAUUAUUACGACAAACACAAGUCUAGGAGUAGGGACUACGAUAAGUCGCACAAAGAUAAGUACAGAGAUGAGUCUGACGAAGACAGGCCAAAAAAACGCUCCAAGCGUUCUCGUUCCAUUAGCUAUGAAUCGCGUUCCGGUCGUCGGAGAAGUAGAGAUCGGUCCGAAGACAGGUCUCGUAGGUGGGAUAAGAGGUCUUACGAUAGGGAUAGGUCUUAUGAUAGGUCGGGUAGAGACUACGACAAGUAUGAUAGGUAUGAACGAUCUAGGGACGACCGCCAUGACAGCUACGCCCGCCAUCGCCGAUGAACAGCAGGUUACAAAUAACACAGGUUGUGGCGACCCGUAAGAGUAUGCUUCUGGUGUAAAUAGUUUUUUUUUGUAUUAUAUUUUAUUUGCUUUAGAAUGUAAUAAUAUAAAUAAAUUUUACAACUUCAAA